AUGGCAAACGAAACGGCUAGUAAAGUAGCGGGUUACUUAUCUAACCAAGACUCAAGACACCAAAACAGACAU